AUGGCACCAUCACCACCUCAGCCAGCUACUGCGGAGAGCGGCUACAUCACUCAACCGGCUUCGUUGGAGAACACGUACACGACCGAUACGAGUCUCCGAAGAGUGCUGGAAUGGUAUCUUCCUGCGGCCACACUUCGAUCAGUCGAACCGCAGUUCACACAGCUGGGAGCUGAAGCGAUCUCCGAGCAAGUGCGUGAGUGGAGCGCAGAUGCCGAACGGAACCAGCCAUACGUCAAGAGCCAUAAUGUUUGGGGGAAACGAUAUGAUUAUGAUCGCCUCGUUACCACUGAGGGCUGGAAGCAACUAGGGAAAUGGGGAGCUCGUCAUAGAAUUGUUUCCGCUGGUUAUGAUUCUGCAUUGGGUCUGGAUCGAAGAACAGUUCAAUAUGCACUGAACUAUCUCUACUCUCCAUCUUCGGGGCUCUAUUCCUGUCCCAUUAGCAUGACUGAUGGAGCCGCCUUCAUUCUUUCCUCCAAAAUCGCGAAGCUACCCCCGACUCAUCCGUUCCAUGCGGCAUAUAAUGGCUUGAUUUCGGAGGGCGAUGACCACUGGACAUCGGGCCAAUGGAUGACGGAGCGCGCAGGAGGAAGCGAUGUUCAAAACACCGAGACCUGGGCAACCUACUCCCCCUUGCCCAAGGAUUCAGGCGUCGAUCCCCUCGGUGAUGGGGAUUAUCUGAUCAACGGCUUCAAAUUUUUCUCAUCUGCGACCGACGCUAACGUCGCCCUUCUUUUGGCUAAGACUCCCUCCGGAAAAUUGAGCACGUUUCUGGCUCCCUUGCGAAGGACGGUCAUUGGAAGUGAUGGUGUAUCUCGACAGAUCUCAAACGGUGUGAGAAUCCAUCGUCUGAAGAAUAAGCUUGGCACAAAGGAACUACCUACCGCCGAGUUGGAGCUCAAAGAUAUGAGAGCGCAUCUAGUCGGAGAAGUCGAUCAGGGAGUUGUCACCAUCGCCCCUCUCCUCAAUGUCACCCGCAUCCACACCUUUAUCGGCUCCCUCUCGGGCUGGCGCCGCGCCCUGAGCAUCACGAAGAGCUUCGCAAAGGCACGCACUACCGUGGGCGAGCCUCUGUGGCUUAUUCCCAUGCACCUACGUCUUCUGGCAGAUCUGGAGGUUAAGCACCGUGGUGGCAUGAACCUCGCCUUUUUCACCGUUGCCGUCAUGAGCUUGGUCGAGAAUAGGGUUACUCAACCUUCGAAGCACGCCCACCUACCUCGUCCCGGCCGCGAAGCUAACGUCGUAUUCCGCACUCUCACAGCCACCGCAAAGGCCGUGGUGAGCAAGAUGUCAGUUCUGGGCAUCCAGGAAUGCCAAGAGGCUAUGGGUGGCGUUGGCUACAUGGACGAGGCGGAUGAACCCGAAUUCAACAUCUCCCGAAUCCUGCGCAAUUCUUCUGUCAAUUCCAUCUGGGAGGGAACGACAAAUGUCUUAGCUAGUGAGAUGGUUCGUUUCCUCCUCAAAGCUGAUAAUCUUGAUAUCUUCGCAGCAUGGGUUGACCGUACGUUGUCGUUGAUUCGCACCGAGACGCUUCGGAAUACUCUUACUGUCGCGUGGUCUGCUCUACAAGCACGAUUGUCCACAAAGAACCAGCUACCUACUACGAUUCUUGCCGAUGCGCGUCGGUAUAUGUUCACCCUUGCAUGGAUUCUGUGUGGCAUCCUUCUGGCCGUGGAUGCUGGACGGGACCAGGACCCCGUCAGCGUAGAGAUUGCGCGGCGGUGGAUCAUCAGUGCUGAAGGUGGGGUUGGAGAACAGGUAUUCCAUGAUAUAGUUACAGUCUCUAAAGACGUAACUCAAGACGAUGGGGAGGAGCAUCUCCAAUGGGAUUGUAGAAUUGCUUGGGGGGUCGAGCUUCCGGCUAACCGGGCAUCUGGGCAUCGGUCACUGCAGAAGGCGAGCUCCAAGCUGUGA